CAUCUGUGUUCGAGUUUGCUCCUGCUCUCGUUUGCCAAGUUUUGCCAGGUCCUGUAUAUUUUGGUGGCGGUUGCUGUCAAAGUCGCCGUCCAAGUCGCUGUUGCUAUUGCCAUUACCAUUGCACUGCAGCUGGCUUCGUGCCAUGUAGACUCUCGCGUCCCAGUAUAUGGACAUGCCCAACGACCACCUUCCACUACAGCCAAGAUGCGGUACCUGCGCGGACAGGAUCCUUAGGCACGAGAGGGUCGUCACGUGGUCUGGUAACAACGAUUCGACUGCAUGUACAGGUCAUACUCGGCCCUUUCCCUUUCCUCAGCAUGGCAUGUCCUGCUUCAGCGUGGGAAUAUGCAAAAUAAUAAAACUCGGAAAAACGCCGUCUGUCAGUACUACCAGUACAUUGCUCAAGGGAAAAGGAGUGUGCCAUCAGCAACUCUCCAAAAUGCUCCGAGACCACAGAUAUAGAUCCUUAUAACCCGAUACGUGCACCUCCAAAAUCGACCCGUCUUCGGCGUCUCAAAAUCGAGACUGCGUCAAUAUCGAAGGAUCUUCGACCAACUUCUCAUUAACCGAAAUCCCCAUCCGAGGUUCUGCCUCGUCGGCGCCAGACUCGUUAAACGAAUGUAG